CCAGUCGAAACGCGGGAAAUUAACGUGCUCGUUUUCGUUUAUUGUUCUGGUCAUUGUAAUAUUUUAGAAUCAUUUGACAGUCUAAUAUGUCUGUGGGUGCGAAACCAGGAAUUUUUUCUGACUUUCAGGAGUAUCUUAAUGCUGAUCACCAGUUACGUGAAGAAAUUCGAACGGUUGUUCAUGACAUUGAGCAGACGGCCCGAGAGAUUCAGACCAAGCUGCAGCUUAUCCACCAAGCAGAAGGAAUUAAAAAAGUUAGCACAAUAUGCAAAGAAGCCAGAGAUGAUUUCAGUAAAGUCAGGGACCAGAUUGCUAAACUGGCGGAGAAAAUCCCGAAUAACCAGUACUACAGAUUUCACGAUCAGUGGAGAUUCGUCUUACAGAGACUGACAAGUCUAGCAGCACUAAUCACCUACCUUGAGACAGAGACACUGAUUGGACGAGAUGAGGCAGCCGCUAUGAUUGGUGUAAAAGUGAAACGAGACGAUGGAUUUCACAUAGACCUGGAUGACUAUCUGAUGGGCUUGCUGCAAGUUGCCACGGAACUGUCUCGACUUGCGAUCACUCAGUGACAGCAGGAGACGACUACCCCGACCGGUGC